AUGACGACAACUCCAUUAUGUGUGUUUGAAAAACUAUCUAAAGCAGGUUUUAUGAAUGAAGUUCAAAAAUUUCCAGUAUUGUAUGACAAGUUUAAUAAAGAUUUUAAAGAUAAAUGGAAAAAGAAAAAUGCAUGGGAAGAAGUUGGUCGUCUUUCAAACUUAUCUCCUAAUCAAGCGGAAGAGAAAUAUAAAAGCAUUCGAAGUUCUGGAAGGAACUCAGUUCCACCUCAGUUUCUUCAGCUCGAUUGGCUAAAUACUUUUAUAGAUCAUCGCGAAACAACAACCAGUAUUUGUUUACCUUCUGACUCCAGAUUAGAAACAUCAAAUUUGGAAGAAAACAUUGACAUAGUAUGUGAGCAAGUUGAAAAUACUCAUCAUCCAUUUAAUAAUGAUCAUAUAUCUGAAGAUGUGACCACAGAAAAUAGCUCUAUAAAUACUUGCGUGCAAGGAGAGUCAAAAAAAAUUAACUCCAAUAUUGAAAAUCCGACUCUUGAAGAGCAGGAUGAAGAUUAUUUAUUUAUGAAAUCAUUAGUUCCGCAACUUAAGCGAUUAAACAACUAUUCUAAAGCCUUGGCUAAAGUUCAAAUACAAACAUUACUUCUUAAAUUAGAGUUUCCAGACAGAGGUGAAACUAUCUAG